CUAUGUUAAAGAAGUCUUUCCUGAUAUGAUACUGAAAGUUGUGUUCUUGUUUUAAAAUGUGUACAUUUUUUAUGAAUACAAUAUUAAGUAGCAACUAAUAGUGCUGCGAAACAUUUUUUAAGAAAGUUAAAAUUAGGAAGUGCGGCAUUUUAAAAAUGAUUUCACAAUCGAUUUACCUACGAAUUGUAUUGUAUUUAUUUAUAGUUUAUGGGUCUAAAACAACAAACACUGCUGGAUUUCCACCAUUGUUCGAAUCAGGGCUGAUGUACUUGGCUGAAACUUUAGAAUGGGAAUCACACGAAACUAUUGACCGGGUUAAGGUUCUCUCAGAAUAUGAUUUCAUCGUCGUCGGUGCCGGAAGUGCAGGAUCGGUAGUGGCGAGCCGAUUGUCCGAAGUCGAUAAGUGGAAAGUUCUGUUGAUUGAAGCCGGACAACAAGCCUCACAUUUCAUGGACAUACCUUUGACUGCUCCGUUUUUGCAAUUUUCCUCGACCAAUUGGAAAUACAAAACAGUGCCGAUGAAAAACUCGUGCUUAGGUUUUGAAGGCAAUCAGUGCAAAUUUCCUAGGGGCAAAGUCAUGGGUGGCAGCAGCAUACUGAAUUAUAUGAUAUAUACACGUGGUAACAGUAAAGAUUACGACAAAUGGGCAGAUAUGGGUAACACAGGUUGGGACUAUAACAGCGUUCUUAAGUAUUUCAUAAAAUCUGAAAACGCCAACUUGUCUCACGCCGAUCCGGGUUAUCACGGAAGAAAUGGAUUAUUGUCAGUGUCCGACGUCCCGCACAGGACGCCAAUAGCGAAGGCUUUUGUGGAAGCUGGAUUGCAAAUAGGACUUCCUGUUGUAGACGUUAACGGGGAAAAACAAGUCGGGAUAAAUUAUUUGCAGACAACCAUGAAAAACGGUCGCCGCUGGAGCACAAAUACGGCGUUCCUGUUUCCUGCGAAAAAAAGACUUAACCUGCACGUGAAGAAGCUCAGCAUGGUAACGCGGAUACUGAUAGACAGACAAAAGAAAAAGGCAAUCGGAGUGGAAUUUGUUUCAAAAGGGAAAAAAACCAAAGUAUACGCCAGAAAGGAAGUGAUCGUUUCCGGCGGUGCCAUAAACACACCACAGCUGCUCAUGCUGUCCGGAAUCGGGCCCAAGAAACACUUGGCGGACCUCCGGAUUCCGUUGGUGAUGGACUUGCCGGUCGGCGAGAACCUCAUGGACCACGUGUCRCUCGGCGGUYUGGUGGUGACGGUGAACGAYACCGUAUCRAUAAGGMUGCACAAGAUAWUCGACGACCCAAAYRUUCURAACGACUUGCUGCAAAACCACAAUGGCCUCUACACAGUGCCGGGUGGACCUGAAGCGCUAUCCUUCGUGGACGUGGACAGUCCAAGUUUGGCGGACGGACAUCCGAAUCUCGAGCUGCUUCUGGUGUCUGGAAUGUACUCGUCCCACGAGCUGGUGCCCAAGCUGUGCGGCAUGAAGGCCGAUCUGUACGACGCAGUGUAUCGGGACACCGAGGGCAUGGACGGGUUCACGGUGUUCCCGAUGGUGAUGCGUCCCAAGAGCCGUGGACGCGUGUGGCUGAGAGACGACGACCCGUUCCACCACCCGCUGAUCGACCCAAACUAUUUCGCCGACGAGACCGACCUGGACGUGCUCGUAGCCGGAGUCCGGAUUGUCCAGCGGAUGCUGCGCACGGGACCGAUGAGGUCACUCGACGCCACGGUCUUGGAAACGACGCUUCCGGGGUGCGCGCAACACGUAUUCGACACUGACGCGUACUGGAAGUGUUCCGCCCGGCAGAUGUCGUUCACGAUCUAUCACCUGUCCGGCACGUGCAAAAUGGGUCCGGCCACCGAUCGGACGGCCGUCGUCGACCCGAGAUUGCGCGUGCACGGCGUCAGCGGCCUGAGAGUGGUGGACGCGUCGAUCAUGCCUGAAGUGCCGGCGGCUCACACCAACGCCCCGACGAUCAUGAUCGCGGAAAAAGCGUCCGACAUGAUCAAAGAGGACUGGGACAAACGGACGUUUUAGUUUAUGGGCGACAAUACGUCAUGACAUGAUACAUGCACGCAGGUCCGAUGAUUGCCUAUAUAUAUUAUGUUAUAUUUUUAUUCUUAUUUUAUAGAAAUAAUUUUUUUAUGUGUAAAAGAAUCAUAUGAAAUUCAACUAGGUCCUGAAAUGUUUUGCGCGAUAACCAUUACUCAUUUGACAUUUAUAUACUGAACGUCUUUCACUACUUCAUCACUUCUCAUGUUAUGUGGUUUAUCAUAUAAUAUCCCCUUGAUCCGUUGUACCUAUACAUAGUAUUAUUGUUUUAUAUAUUUUUUAUACAUAAUGUGAUAUGCACUGCGCUGUAGUAUUGUUUACAUCCUGUGCAUAAAUUAUAUACUAUAUACACAUUGUAUAUACAGAGUGAUCCAUUUAACAUAGACAUGUUUCUUUUGCACUACUUUUUUGAAUAAAAAUUAUAGUUGAAGUGGGCUGACAUUUGUUUGGGUACCCCUGUGUACUAUAGGUACUCCACUUCGCCGAUAUAUGAAUAACUUUAAAUACUUAUAAUUUAUAAAUCAUAUAGUGGCUACUAGCGUUCAAAAUUCGAUUUAGAUACAUUUUUAUUCACGCUUUGUCGCGUUAAAUGGAUCACCCGAUGUAAUUGACCAAUGAUAAAUUUACACACUCGACACUUUUCGGUAUUGGCACCCGAAGUGUUAUAUAUACACAGGUAUUAUCAAAAUGACGGCAUGAUGGCAGUAUUUUCGACAUUCACCAACAACACAAGUGAACUCGCAUAGAAAAAUUUAUUAACAACAUAAUUCCUGAAAAAUACGGUAAAUUACUCACUACUAUAAACUAACUAUGGGUUCGAAGCGCUUGAGUCAAUUUGGCGAAAGUCCCAAGAUUUAAAAAUAAACAUAUAUUAUGUAAGUACAUAAUUAGUAAUAAAUAAAGAUGUUUUAUUAAAUAU